AACACCGGGAGCCGGGUGUCGCGUCCUUUGUGCCCGGAACCGUGGGGAUGUGUCCGCGCUAAGGAACCAGCUCCGGUAUGGGGGCCCAGUCUGUCCGGGCCUCAGGCCUCCUGGUGCUGUGGCUGCUGCUCCUGGUGGCUGGGGGUCAGGACAUACAGGACACCACCGCCACGGAAAAGACGCUUCACAUGCUGAAGUCGGGGUCAGGACCCAUCCGUGCUGCCCUGGCAGAGCUAGUGUCCUUGCCCUGCUUCUUUACCCUGCAACCACGACUAAGCACCCUGCGAGACAUUCCUCGGAUCAAGUGGACUAAGGUUCAGACUGCAUCAGGCCAGCGACAGGAUUUGCCAAUCUUGGUGGCCAAAGACAACGUGGUGCGUGUGGCCAAGGGCUGGCAGGGACGGGUGUCAUUGCCUGCUUACCCCCGGCACAGAGCCAAUGCUACCCUUCUGCUGGGGCCACUGCGAGCCAGCGACUCUGGGCUGUAUCGAUGCCAAGUGGUGAAGGGUAUCGAGGAUGAGCAGGACCUGGUAACCCUGGAAGUGACAGGCGUCGUGUUCCACUAUCGAGCGGCCCGGGACCGCUAUGCGCUGACCUUCGCUGAUGCCCAGGAGGCUUGUCGCCUGAGCUCCGCUACCAUCGCCGCCCCACGGCACCUACAGGCUGCCUUCGAAGAUGGCUUUGACAACUGCGACGCGGGCUGGCUCUCAGACCGCACGGUUCGGUACCCGAUCACUCAGUCGCGUCCUGGUUGCUAUGGUGACCGCAGCAGUCUGCCGGGUGUUCGGAGCUAUGGGAGACGCGACCCGCAGGAACUCUACGAUGUCUACUGCUUUGCCCGCGAGCUAGGGGGUGAAGUCUUUUACGUGGGCCCCGCCCGCCGACUGACCCUGGCAGGCGCGCGAGCACAGUGUCAGCGGCAGGGUGCAGCGCUGGCCUCCGUGGGGCAGUUGCACCUGGCCUGGCACGAGGGCCUGGACCAGUGCGACCCGGGCUGGCUGGCAGACGGCAGCGUGCGCUACCCGAUCCAGACUCCGCGCCGGCGUUGUGGGGGCCCGGCUCCAGGUGUGCGCACAGUGUACCGCUUCGCCAACCGCACCGGCUUUCCUGCGCCGGGAGCACGCUUCGACGCCUACUGCUUCCGAGCUCAUCAUACAGCACAACAUGGAGACUCUGAGAUCCCCUCAUCUGGAGAUGAGGGAGAGAUUGUGUCAGCAGAGGGGCCUCCAGCCCGAGAACUAAAGCCCAGCUUGGGGGAGCAGGAGGUGAUAGCAUCUGACUUCCAGGAACCUCUCAUAUCCAGUGGAGAAGAUGAACCCCUAGACUUGACAUGGACACAAGCAUCUCAGGAGACCCUGAGCCCUACCCCAGAGGGCCCCACACUCGCUUCAUUGCUCUCUUCAGAAAAGUGGCUGCUUAUAGGUGCCACAAGCUCCACGGGUGUCCCCAGCCCCAGCAGCAUGGGGGUAGAUCUGGAUGAGACAGCACCCUCAGGCACACAGUUAGCCCCCACCCCCACGAUGAGGAGGGGCCGCUUUAAAGGAUUGAAUGGUCGACACUUCCAGCAACAGGGCCCAGAAGACCAGCUGCUUGAGGCAGCAGUGGCCAGUGCCCAGCCGCCCACCCUGGAAGUUACUGCUGACCACACGAGGCCUUCUGCAGCCACAGAGGCCUUGGAGAGUGACCAGAGCCACAGUCCUUGGGCCAUUUUGACCAACGAAGUAGAUGAGCCAGGGGCAGGCUCUCUUGGCAGUAGGAGUCUCCCAGAGUCACAGAUGUGGUCCCCAUCGCUGAUAUCAUCCAGUGUCCCAAGCAUCGACGGUACUCCUGGCCUGAAGCCAGGAGCAGCAGCCGAGGCCCCCAGUGUGAAGUCAACCACCCAGCUGCCCUGGUUGCCCUCAGAACCCGCUGUUCCCUCCUCCAGUCCCUCAGAGGUCCUAAGUGCUGUCUCCCUCGGGGCAUCCCCUGGUGAUGGUUCCCCAGACUUCCCCAUUGUAGCCAUGCUUCGAGCCCCCAAACUGUGGCUUCUGCCACGCUCCACACUUGUCCCCAAUGUGACCCCAAUCCCACUCUCCCCAGCUUCUCCACUCCCCUCUUGGGGCCCAGAAGAACAGACUGUCAGGCCUGUCAGCCUUGGAGCAGAAGACCUCAAAAUCCCACUUCAGACCACCAUGGCUGCCUCAGUUGAAGUCAGCCCCAGAUCCCCUGAUGCAGAUUCUGUAGAAACCAAGGGGGUCAGCUCCAAGCAGGCUACAAAGCAUCCCAUCUCUGGCCCAUGGACUUCUUUGGACUCCAGUAAUGUGACAAUGGAUCCUGUCCCGUCUGAUGCUGGCAUCCUAGGGACUGGUUCCGGGGUCUUGGACGUAUCAGGGAGCCCCACAUCAGGUGGUCAGGCCACUCUGGACAAGGUGCUGGUCACUUGGCUACCACUGCCUGACCAAGGCCUGGACCCUGACUCCCCGUCCACACCCACGGAAGCCCAUGGGGUCACCAUGAGUGUAGAACCUACACUGGCUUUGGAGGGAGGUGCCACUGAGGGCCCUGUGGAGGCCACCAUGGAGGCCACCAUGGAGGCCGUCCCCAGCACUGCUGAUGCCACUUGGGGGUCUGAAACCAAAAAUUCCAUUUCUAGCACCCCCAUGGCUGUGACCGUGGCUGGGGCCCAGGGCAUGCCCACAGUCACCUCUACAAGUGCCGAAGGCCACCCAGAGCCAGAGGGGCAGAUGGUGGCUCAGGAGUCACUGGAGCCUCUCAGCAGUCUGCCUUCGCAUUCCUGGCCAUCCCUGGCCUCCAGCAUGGACGAAGUGGCCUCAGUUUCUUCAGGGGAACCCACAGGGCUGUGGGACACCCCCAGCACUCUGAUACCUAUGUCCUUGGGCUUGGAUGAAUCAGACCUGAAUGUUGUGGCUGAGAGUCCAGGCUUGGAGGACUUCUGGGAAGAGGUGGCCAGCGGGCAAGAAGAUCCCACAGAUCCCUGCGAGAACAACCCCUGCCUGCACGGGGGCACCUGCCACACCAACGGCACCGUAUACGGCUGUAGUUGUGACCAGGGCUAUGCUGGGGAGAAUUGUGAAAUUGACAUUGAUGACUGCUUGUGCAGCCCUUGCGAGAAUGGAGGCACCUGCAUUGACGAGGUGAAUGGUUUCAUCUGCCUCUGCCUCCCCAGCUAUGGGGGCAGCCUGUGCGAGAAGGACACAGAAGGCUGCGACCGCGGCUGGCACAAAUUCCAGGGUCACUGCUACCGGUACUUUGCCCAUCGGCGGGCCUGGGAGGAUGCAGAAAGAGACUGCAGGCGUCGAGCUGGUCACCUGACAAGUGUCCACUCACCAGAAGAGCAUAAGUUCAUUAACAGUUUUGGACAUGAGAAUUCGUGGAUUGGCCUGAAUGACAGGACAGUAGAGAGGGACUUCCAGUGGACAGACAACACGGGACUGCAAUAUGAGAACUGGAGGGAGAAGCAGCCGGAUAAUUUCUUCGCAGGUGGGGAGGACUGUGUGGUGAUGGUGGCACAUGAGAGUGGCCGCUGGAAUGAUGUCCCCUGCAACUACAACCUCCCCUACGUCUGCAAGAAGGGUACAGUGCUGUGUGGUCCCCCUCCGGCAGUGGAGAAUGCCUCUCUUGUCGGUGUGCGGAAGGUCAAGUACAAUGUCCAUGCCACUGUACGAUACCAGUGUGAUGAAGGAUUCUCCCAGCACCACGUGGCUACUAUCCGCUGCCGAAACAACGGGAAGUGGGACCGGCCUCAGAUUGUGUGCACCAAACCCAGGCGGUCACAUCGGAUGCGUAGACACCACCACCAUCCACACCGACAUCACAAGCCCCGCAAGGAGCACAGAAAACACAAGAGACAUCCAGCGGAAGACUGGGAGAGAGAUGAAGGGGAUUUCUGCUAAAGAUCCAGACUAGUCAAGCACAAGCUCCUGUACCUCCUCCAGAGCAUUCCCCCGGAGACCCAGAACCCAGACAACCACCAGAGAGAGAGUGGGGACACUCCGGAGCCCCACACCCCUGCGGUCGGUCCUCUGUACAAAGCUCAGAUUGCUCUCUUCUUCCUUACUGAGGUCCUCCUGGUGGUAGUGGCUGGGCCUGAGAGGUCACUCUGGUCUGGCUGAGCCUCUUGGAUUACUUCCCAGCCAUCAGAGGGGGUCCCGAAGUCUGCAUCAAUGAGGAGCAAUAGUAUGUCUGUGUGUGCUGGAGAGUGGCUUUCACACCAGAGAUUCAGGCUUAGUAAACAGUGGACCAUCCUGAAUCUGUGGUGAAGCCUUGGCUAAAGUCCCUGUAUUUGAGUGGAGGACCAGCAGAGCAAAUGUGAUGGUCUGUCAUCCCCUCGAGUCCCCCAGGGCGGGCUUCUUCCCCGCUGGCUUUCUUUCUUUUUUUUUCCUUUCUUCUUCCUCCUCCCUCCCAAUGCCAAAACCCUCAACCCCCAAACUAGGCUGGCCUUGAACUCACUGUUGUAGAAGGAUGUCCUUGAAGUCUCAAUCCUCCUGCCUCUGCACCACCAGGCCUACCUGGUUUAUUUGGUGCUGAACACAGAACCUAGUACUGGGCAAGUGCUCUCUCUACUAACCAUCCCUGCUCUUUGGUCUUGGUGCAGACUACUAAAUCUCGUGUGGAACUCUCAUGUACCGAAUUUUAGUGAUGUUUCUUAGAGCCACUGGCCUCCUUGGCUUCCUAGGGGAGGUUACUCAAAGCGAUGGGGGUGGGGAGGGUUAGUGUAUUGCUGACUCCCCAGGUCUAGUGUAGCACUGAGAUCUGGUGGUUCUAUUUUGGGUUGUUUUUGUUUCGAGGCGGGGCCUCACUGUGCAGCCCUGGCUGGACUGGAACUUGCUAUAUAGACCAGGCUAACCUGGAACUCAGCGAUCUGUCUGUCCCUGCCUCUCAAGUUACUAUGGCCAGCCUUCGUUUGUUUUAUAGACAGGAUUUCCAGAGCCUACACUGGGUUUCAGCCCACAGCAAUCAUCCUUUCUCAACCAUGUAAGAGCUGAGGUGACAGGCAUACGCCGUCGUCAUGUGUGGCAGUUUCGUGGGUUUGUAAUGACAAAUCUCCCACAGCCAUGUGUACAGAAGUGAGAUCAGUGGAGCAGAAUGUGCUGAAUGCUGCUGUAUUCGUCCCCUCCAUCUCUCAGGGAGACAGACAACCUUCUGCCUGGACCAAGAUGGUGCCAUGUUUUCUAACCCAGAGCCUGUCUUUACUAAACCCUUUCAGCAGACCUCAGUAAGUCUCCUGCCUCAGAUCCC